AAUUGAAUGACCGGUCAUAAAAACAUUUAAUACGUAAGUUAAUAUUUAAACUGUCAGCAUCUAAACAACAUAAUUGUCUUAUUUUUCUCUGGUCUACUGUAAUUUAGACCAGAAUGUUAAAAAAAUUGCUGAUUAUUUUUGGAGCAAUAGCUUGUGGAUCAGCAGCUCCAAGUUGUAUCGAUUUAUGUGGCCCAGGAUCAGUGAAUACUCAAGCGUCGGAAUCAUUGACGGCAUUCAGAACUCACAGUUCUGUAGGACAGCAACACGAAACGCUGCAUGAUCUUCAUCAAUCGCUGACAGAUCAACUGCAGUCUUCACAAAUCAACGUAGACUUCAAUCGUCCAGGGAAUUGGACUGAUCACAAAGACUACAGGACACCUGACGGCGCUGGAGAAGUCCACGAAGAAGCUGGACAGCUGGUAAAUGGUGGUGCUAAAGUACGUUAUUAUAAAAAAAAAUACGCCGCUUCUUAUGGUAGCGGAAGUGCCAAUAAUUUAGGACUUGGAGAUGCUUUGGAAAGUGACAGUUUGUUGCGCGGCGAUUUACUGAAUUCUCGUAGCACUGUCGGACACACUGAUGUCCAUAGCUAUGGACACCGAGCGUAUGAUGAGAGACGUCAGGAUUCAUCAAGAUUCCAAGAUCUUGAGACUACUGGAACUCAAGUACAUGAUAGCACUCGAGUAACUGGUGCUGCGAACACUGGAGACUGGAGUAGACACGACACAUAUGGAGUUGAUGGUGGUCGUGGGAGAGUUUACGAAGAAGAGGGCCAGUAUUCUCAAGGACCAGCUAAAGUACGUUACUACAAAAAAAAUUAUACAUCAAGUUACAGCACCAGUGGAGCGCCUGGAAUCAUUCCUUUGACUGGAGUCGCUGAUCUAGAGACUCAGGCUCGUCAACUCGAGUCGCAAUUGAGUCAGCUUAGCAGGGAUCUUCAGCACACCCAAGUUUCUCAGUCCCAGAAUAUUCAUAAAGACAGUUUUCACCGUGAUACCACUGCUAGACAAAGUGAAUACGGACGAGUUUAUAAUGAUAAUGAUUACUCUCAGCAUUAUGACCGUCCAGUUGCUACUACGGAGCAAAGAUAUGAGCAUUCUUCGAGAAAAGAAUCUACAGUCAGGUCUGGCGGUAGUUAUGCUCCUGUGCAACCUGUGACUAGUUUUAAUUACGCUGUACCGGACACAGUUGGAGCUCAGACUCAUCGCACUGAACAUACUCAGCAUACUCAGCAGUCGCAUACUUAUACUCCAACCCAAGUGGUCCAAACACAUCAGACGCAUGUUCCUGUUCAACCUGUCACACAUUUUAGUUAUGUAGUACCAGAUACUGAGCUUGAAGCAGUUGGAUCUCAGAGCCAACGUACAGAACAUACUCAACAUAUUCAGCAGACACAUCAGACUCAUGUUCCUAUUCAACCUGUGACACAUUUUAAUUAUGUGAUACCAGAUGUUGAGCUUGAAGCAGUUGGAUCUCAGACCCAACGUACUGAACAUACUCAACAUACUCAGCAGACACAUCAGACGCAUGGUUAUGUUCCAAGCCAAGUAGUCCAAACACAUCAGACUCACCAAGAAACUGAUAGCAUUGCUCGUGUUCCUUUGCACCGCGUUAACAAUUACGGCGGUAGCACUUACAGAGAUGAAUCCCGAAGACAAGAGCUAGUUAGUGAAGGACAAACUUCACAUCAGUUGCGAGAUGAUGCGCAGUAUGUUUACAGUCAACCUGAAUUGAGUCGCGUGGUUCAAACUCACCCUGGCAAACGCGUUGAAGAGCACUGGAGUUCCAGUUCUAGACACAGAGUCGAAUCAACGAUUCCACAUCACAUUGAUACAGUUCCAAUUAUAGAUGUAGGUAUUAGUCAUCAGAAAAUCAACCAGCUUAACGGCGGAUUACAUUCUGGGUACGCUGAUGGUUUGAACCAGGCUAAUACGCGGAUAUCAGGUGGAUCUUCAUCUUCGUAUCAUCAUGAGGAGUUUGGAACUGGUGGUAGUUAUCAUGUUGGUGCUGUUCAUAUGGGACAUCAAGCUGCUGAUUGUGACACUGAGGGUCAACAGAGUUCAGGGUAUACGAGGAGAUAUAAGAGAGGUGUUGAGUUUGGGCAGCAAACUGAGAACUUGAAUAGAAUUCAGGGUCAAGGUCAAUGGGGUCAAGUUGAAGGUCAUCAACAUCAAGAUUAUGAUCAUCAUAGUCACCCACAUCAAGAUUAUGAUCAUCAUAGUCAUCCACAUCAAGAUGAUGACCGUCAUAGACAUUCUAACCAAGAUUAUGAUCACAGAAAUGGUGGAGGUUAUCAGCAUCAGAGUCAUGAAGGACAUCCACAUCAGGAUGACGAUCGCCAUAGACAUUCUGGUCAAGAUUAUGAUCACAGAAAUGGUGGAGGUUAUCAGAGUCAUGAAGGACAUCCGCAUCAAGAUGAUGACCGUUAUAGACAUCUACAGCAAGAUUAUCUCCGUUAUAAGCGUGAACAAAGUCCUCAGCAGUAUGAAGAUUUGAAUCAGCAUAGCGACAUUGGGUUUGGAGACUUAACUCAUCAUCAAUCGGGAGACUUUGAUUUUGGUCAACAGCAUGUGGAAAAUCUAGAAUUGGAGUCACAAAAAACUGAAGAUUUGCAUCAACAGACUCAGGGGUUUGAUCUUUGGGAUAAGCAGUCGGGAAAUUUGGAACUUGGACAACAAACUGAAGACUUUUCACAGCAAGAUCAUCGUUUGGAUGAUUUUAGUCAACAUUUGGGAAAUUAUGAAUUUGGGCGACAUCUAUCAGGAGAUCUAGAACUUGGCCAACAAACAGAAGAUUUUUCGCAACAAACUCAUAAAUUUGAUGAUUUUACCCAGCAACAAGCAGGAAAACUUGAACUUGGUCAGCAUCACUACCAAGACAUGGGAGGAUUAGAAUUUGGUCAACAAACUGAAGAUUUAUCUCAACAAACUGACAAAUUUGAUGAUUUCAGUCAACAUCAAUCAAGAAAACUCGAAUUUGGACAACAUCAUCAGCAACAUACAGGAAGCUUGGAAUUCGGUCAACAAACUGAAGAUUUGUCACAACAAACUCAUAAAUUCGAUGAUUUUAGUCCACACGCAAGUGAUCUGGAAUUUGGUCAACAUGAGCAACAACAUCUAGGAGGAUUAGAAUUGGGUCAGCAAACUGACAAGUUUGAUUUCAGUCAACAUCAAUCAGGAAAACUUGAAUUUGGUCAACAUCAUUAUCAACACUUAGGAGGAAUAGAUUUGGGUCAGCAAACUGAAGAUUUGUCACAACAAACUCAUAAAUUUGAUGAUUUUACGCAGCAACAAGCAGGAAAACUUGAAUUUGGUCAGCAUCAUCAACAGCAUACAGGAAGCUUGGAAUUCGGUCAACAAACUGAAGAUUUUUCACAGCAAACUCAUAAACUUGAUGAGUUAAGUCAACACUCAGGUGACUUAGAAUUUAGUCGACACCAUCAGCAACAUACAGGAAGCUUGGAACUAGGUCAACAAACGGAAGAUUUUUCUCAGGACACUCAUAAAUUUGAUGAUUUCAGUCAACACACAGGUGAUCUCGAGUUUGGUCAACAACACCUAGGAGGAUUAGAACUGGGUCAGCAAACUGAAGAUUUGUCACAGCAAACUCACAAAUUCGAUGAUUUUACUCAGCAACAAGCGGGAAAACUUGAAUUCGGUCAGCAUCAUCAGCAACACUCAGGAGAAAUAGAUUUAGGCCAACAAACAGAAGAUUUAUCUCAGCAAACUCAUAAAUUCGAUGAGUUUGGUCAACACUCAGGUGACCUAGAAUUUGGUCAACAACAUUUAGGAGGAUUAGAAUUUGGCCAACAAACGGAAGAUUUAUCUCAGCAAACUCACAAAUUUGAUGAAUUCACUCUACAUCAAUCAGGAAAUUUUGAAUUCGGUCAAGAACACACUGGGAAAUUUGAAUUCGGUAAAGAGACCCAAGAAACCUCACAAUUAGGGUUUGACAAACAAAACCAACAAACAACUGGCUUCAGUCCAUCAACGAAUUAUCCUCGAGAAUUUAAACCAGCUCCCAAACCCACUCCGCGGUCUCAACGAAUCGGCAAUCCAUCACGUGGCGACAUUGAAUCAGUGACAGUUCCAGCAGAUCCAGUGGGUCCAAUCGGCCCAGUGACUGUUCCAGUGAGGCCGGUUAAGGGAGGCCGAAGGUUCAAGCCUCUAGGAGUACCAGCUCAAUACCGAAACGACGUUCCAUCCGAAGGAGUCCUAAGCCUCGAAGAACAAUCUUUCCAAUCUGCAGACUCCGGCAACCUCUGGCAUCAGUCUCACCACCCAGGCGACUUGACAAGCGAUUACCCUCAAGGACAGCACUCCCAGAUUGACGGAGUCACCUUCCAACCCAGAAUCCUAGAAGCCUACGGCGGCAAAGGUCCCUACGAAGCCGGCCACCAGCAGGACAUCUUCUCAGGCAUCAAACCCAACCCAUCAGCAACACUCGCCCCCCAAUCUCACGGCAACGACCCCUGGGAAAUUCGUGAAGCCUCUGAACAGUUUUCGUCCCAUCGCAUUCCAUCUCUUGAUACUGUACCCGAGUCAACAACUCAAUCACCUGAAACUACUCCAGCGCCAGGCUUCUGGAAAAAACUAGGCAACAAAAUAACAACCUCCUACGAGAAAGCCAAAGAAAAACUCUCAGACACCUUUGGAUAAUCAUUUACUUCAUCCCUCACCUCAUUUCAAUAUAUAUUUUUAAUUACAUACAUACUUAUAUAUUUAUAAAUAUUUUUUUUCAUUACCGCACAGAAUAAAGUUGAGUCGAGAAAAUAUUUUUUCAGUCGAAAAUUCUUUUUUCUGUGUAAAGUUUACAGAACUGGCCAUUUAAUAUUUUUUUCAAUUCAUUAGACUUAAUUCAAUGGUCCUUUAGUAUUACAUAACUUAACAGUUAAUAAACAAUAAAUGUUACAUAUUUAAAUAUAUGAAUAAAAUUAAACAAAUAGAUAAAAGCAAUAAAU